AAACCAAUACUCUAUUGGGUUUCGAAGCUACUACUUUUAUCGAUACACAUCCAAAUAGAAAUUUAAAAAAUAAAAAAAUAGAAAAAUGAAACAAAACCCAAAUUUGGGUUUUAGAUCUGGAGCCCUCCUCCCUUUUUUCUUCCAUCCUUUCCUCUCCCUUCUCCUUCUUCCCUCCUUCACCUGCUCAUUGUAGAUUGUGUCUUGUUGUUCGGUAAGUUUGGGUCUAGAUCGAACGGAUGGCUCACCAUUUGGCAAGGUUUGUUUCGAUAGGACUCCACUGUUGCCAAAUGACGAGCCUAGAACUAUAUCAACCGGUGAAAUCACGGCAAAUGGAAGUUGCACAAGAUCCAAAUAAAAAAUUGAAGGAAGAAGGACGUAGGGAAGAGGAUGAAUUCGCAUCCCAUUGAGUUGUGAAGUGGAAGAAACCUGAAAAUUUCGG